AUGUCGCCUCUCUCCAAGACCCUCAGCGUCUCGUCGGCUGCCGAGCACAAGCAGAUCGCAUCUGCCGAGACGGCCGCGACGACCUUCGUCAACUGCCACAUCGUCGCGCCGCCCUGCGAAGAGAGCGAGCGCAAGCCCAUCGACUUGGUCGUCGUGCUCGACCGCUCCGGCAGCAUGAGCGGCUCCAAGCUCGAGUUGUGCAAGCAGACGCUCGACUUCCUCGCACACGAGCUCUCGCCCCACGACCGCGUCUCGCUCGUCACAUACGACACGUACGUCACGACGAACCUGCGCCUGACCAAGAUGACGCAGGCCGGCAAGUCGCUCCUCGCCGCCAAGGUCCAGGGCGUCCACGCCGGCUCGUGCACCAACCUCAGCGGCGGCCUCCUCGCAGGUCUCGAAGAAGUCCAGUCGUCGUCGCGGCCCGACCAUGGCGAGCCCAACCCGGUGCAGUCGGUCUUGCUGCUCACGGACGGCCUCGCCAACGCCGGCAUCUCGUCGCGGAGCGGCCUCGUCGAGCUCCUCGAAGGCGUCUUGUCCAAGAACGUCUCGCUCUUCACCUUUGGCUACGGCUCGGACCACGACGCGGAGCUGCUCCGCGAGCUCUCGGACCUCGGGCGCGGCUCGUACUACUUUGUGCAGACCCUCGACAGCGUCUCGCUCGCGUUCGCCGACUGCCUCGGCGGCCUCCUCAGCGUCGUGGCCCAAAACAUCAAAGUCGAGUGCGUCGCAGCCGCCAACGUCUCGAUCGCUUGCCUCAAGACGAAGCGACCGGUGACGACGAACGCGCCGAGCACGUCGUACACCGUGGACCUCGGCGACAUCUGUGACGCGUGGCCGGCCGCCGAGACGGACCAGCCGCUCGUGACGUUCAGCGUCCGGUAUGCCAACGUCCUCACGUCGUCGCUCGAGACCACGGCGACGAGUGUUGCCGUCGGACGCCCGGUGACAGUGACGGACGCGUCGCUGGAUGCGCUCGUCGUGCAGCAAAAGCACCGCGUUGAGACGGCCGAAGCGCUCGAAGCCGCGCAGCAGGAAGCGCAGAAGGGCAACUUGCGCGGCGGCCAAGACGUCCUCCGCACGCUCAAGGCCAAGCUCCAGCGCGACGUCGCCGAGAACGAGAGCUUUGCGAGCACGACGCUCAUCGACGACCUGGACGAGUGCUGCGCGGCGAUGGAAACCACGCACGUCUACCGCGAGCGUGGCAUGCAGCGCAUGGCCGGCAAGACGCAGUCGCACUGGGCGCAACGCAGCAACGACGUCGAAGUCAACGCCGCCGACCUCUGUCCCCCGCCGAUGGCCAGCGCCAUGCCGAUGCCGAUGCAGGCAGCGCAGUACGGCAACGUCUCCAAGACCCGCAUGAUGUCCAAGGCCGCCCGCUUCGUCUCCGCGCCCGUCAACAUGACUCCGUACAGCGCGCCGCACACGAGCGCGAGCUAA